CGUUCAGUUGUUCAGUGAAGAAGCUUGUGGCUUGUUACUUUUCUAUCCGUCUGUUACAAUAGGCGUUGUUAGGCGUUAGUUUGUUAGCUCUAGAAGAGAGCCUCCCGACUCCCGAGUGUAGUGUGUAACGAUAUAGUAUUAAAAAAAAGUAUAACAAAGGAAAAACGUCCGGCUUCUCUCCGAUUAUUCCUUUUAGUCACAUUCGAGUCAGUUCCGAGAGUAGUGCGUCGUUCAUCGGUACAAUUUAAGACCAUACGGACGGAGUUGGCAGCAGAGCCAGAGUGCGCGAAAUCCGCUUUUGUCUGUGAGUGGAGUAUAAUAUAAAAGUGACCCACGUUUACCUUACCACGAUAACGAAAGGUUAGAAAAGUGCUGUUUUACCCCCCGGCAAACAUCGAGGAGAAAUUACAUAUGCUAUAAGCGAUAAUUCCUCUGGGACGUGAGGUGCAAGCAAAGCGAACCAAAGUGUUUAUGCUGUUGCGCUGCUGAUCAAGAGAGAUUAAAAGAAAGGGAAAAAUCGUCAUCAACAUCGUCGUUGAAAACAACACACACCCACGAGUCAGUUUCAGUUUCGAGUCCACGAACCCAACGGCUAAGUAAGAACACUAUCAUCAUCAGAAUGACCGAAACUACCGAAGCCCCAGUCGUUGCCGAGGUCAAGACCCCAUCGCCGACGAGCGAAACGGCAGCUGCCGCGGCGGCCGCCGCCACCACGAACGGUCACGCCGAGGAGGGUGUCACCGCGCCGCAAAAACCGGUCGAAGAAACCAACGGCACGGCGGAGAAGACCGACGACAAAGCCAAAACUGAGAAAGCCGAAGAUGUACCGCCGCCCAAAGAGAUGCGAGCCGUCACGCUGACAGGGUUCGGUGGCUUCAAGAACGUCAAGAUCCUGAAGAAGCCCGAACCGAGCCCACAGGCCGGCGAAGUGUUGAUCCGCGUCAGAGCAUGCGGUCUCAACUUCCAGGACUUGAUGGUACGCCUCGGUGCAAUCGAUUCACCACCAAAAACACCAACCAUCCUCGGAUUCGAGUGCGCCGGAGAAAUCGAGGCGGUCGGUGAGGAAGUGGAAGGAUUCAAGGUCGGCGACCGAGUCGUGGCGCUGCCGGAGUUCCGUGCCUGGUCCGAGCUGGUGGCGGUGCCCACCAAGUACGUGUAUCAAAUUCCGGAUGAAAUGACAUUCCAGGACGCGGCGGCUAUCGUGAUGAACUACCUUGUCGCCUACAUUCUCAUCUUCGAUCUCAUCUCGCUGCGGGAAGGCAAAUCCAUCCUGCUGCAUUCGGUUGGUGGCGGCGUGGGCCAAGCUAUCGUUCAGCUCGCACGUACCGUUCCGAAUGUGACCCUCUUCGGAGUGUGCUCGAAAUCAAAGCAUGAAGCGUUGGCUGCUACCGGACUCAUCGAUCAUCUGAUUGAUCGGACUGAUUAUGUCAACGAAGUCAGAAAGAUCACCACCGAAGGUGUUGAUAUCGUUAUGGAUUGUCUGUGCGGUGAAGAAUGCAACCGGGGCUAUGGACUGCUCAAACCGAUGGGCAAAUACAUUUUGUACGGAUCAUCCAAUGUGGUCACUGGCGAGACCAAGAGCUUCUUUAGCGUUGCUCGUUCGUGGUGGCAAGUGGACAAAGUUUCUCCGAUUAAGCUGUUCGACGAGAACAAGAGCUUGUCUGGAUUCAACCUACGGCAUCUGUUGUACCAGCAGGAUGGUUCGGCAUACGUGCGGUCCACCGUUGAGAAGAUUUUUGCCCUCUGGAAGGACGGUAAGGUUAAGCCGGUAGUGGACAGCACCUGGGCGUUGGAGGAUGUUGCAGAAGCCAUGCAAAAGAUGCACGACCGCAAGAACAUCGGAAAACUGGUGCUGGAUCCCGCCUUGGAACCGAAACCGAAACCGGCCACUCCGGCCAAGAGCAAGUCCAAAAAGCAGGCCAGCGAGGACAAGAGCAGCAAAAAGGAUAAGGACGAGGACAAGAAGAACGCCGAAAAUGGUGAUGAGAAAAAGGAGGAAGCCGGAGAGGAAGCCAAAACGAAUGGUGAAUCUGGGGAUGCUGUUGCAGCCGCCGGAGCUGAGGGUGCUGCUGUUAAUGGUGACAGUGCGGAAAAAUCGGACGCACCACCGGCUGCCACGAAUGGAGACGCUACUGAAAGUGAGAAAAAGGAAUCGAGUUGAACAUCCUAAGUGAAAAUAAUAACAUCCCCUAUUGAAUCGAGCCGCUUACAACAAAGAACAGUUUCAUCAUCACAACUCAUCCCAAUAAUUUGAAAAGAAGAGAAGGAUCCGUGACCAUUCUCAUACAGUUUCUGUGUACAAAAACUAUUCAAUUUUACCAAUCGACGUGCAGAGUUGAUCCUGAAAAAGAACCGGUCAUCGCACACAGAUGAUUCUACUAACUUCCCGUUUAUAACAUAUGGUAAAAAGAUACAACGACGUUCCAUCAGCUGUGUGUUUGUAAAAUUACGUUAAUCUUCAGUGUAAAGAAAAGCAAAAAUAAAGUGUGUGAACCAUAUUAACAAGAAGAAUGUUAUGUACGUUUAAACAAUCGGUUUCUUUCGGAUAACUUUUCGCUAACUACUAAGUGAUGUUUCGACGAUCUCGUUAACUAAUGCCCCCGUCACAAAUUCAGUAACAGUUAUAUUACAACCUCUUAAAGUGGGAUGUUAUAAUAGUAAGCAUUAAGCACAAAAUAACCACUAAAUAAAUGAAGAAAAACAGGCCUCUAAAAUGUUGAAGGUUUCAGGAAUUUACACACAAGAAAACAAAAUAUACACAACACUGCACAAAAGAAAUCCUCGAAUUGCAGCAGCACAACACUCUGUGUAGUGGUAGGAGCCAUCAAGAUUUCAUCUCAAUCCCAUCACGAACAUAUCGUUGUUACACGCGCUCCCACGGCAUCCCAUAAAACAAACAACACACAACCAAUUCAACAACAAACAAAAAAAAGCAUUACGUAACGGAAUAAAAGUUAAAACGCGCGCGAAAAAGUUCACAUCAUUGUUUCAGUUGGAUAGUAUUUUUAUCAAGGAAAUUUAUUAAUUUAUCACCCUGAUUUAAUAAGAAGAAAACAAAACAAAAAAAAAACAAUACGAGCGAAAGAAGCAAGCAAAAAUUUUAAUUUUUUGAACCUAUGUGUCAUUUAAUACUGUAAUAUUUAAAUAUAUAUGAUUAAAUCUAUGUAUAACAAAGGAACGAAAUAAUUGAUUUAAAAAUAUAUAUUAGAUUCUUUAUUAUGAGAAUGGAUUUUUUUCGUUUCUUUAAGGUAAUGUUUAUUUUUUUACGUCGAGAUAUAACAUUUAAACAAAUACAGCAGAAGAUCAUUAAUAUACUGUUAGUAAACAAUCAAAAGCGAGAGAAAGAUAAAUGUCAUACAUUCGAUAUCUUAAAUGCACGCAGCAUGCAAUUUCACUCUUCAGUACACCUUUUUUUCGGUUGAAUUGCUAUCAUCCUUUAAGCGUUAAGUGUUAAAAAGAAGAAAAAAUAGAAGAACUUUUGACGAGGAGAUAUGUUUGACUUCUUUUGUAUAAAUUUUUUAAAAAUAUUUUUAUUUUAUAAUACAUUUGACAAAGGAUUGAAAAAA